AUGUCCAAUCCGCAGGCGCAAAAGGGAGGUGUCCCGACAUAUCGCAUUGAACACGGAGAAUAUAAGAGUAGUGUCUACCAAAUCCCUGACGAGAAACGACUUGUCGCUGAAGGGGAUUGGGUGGAUGCCGGUGAACCUCUUACCAGUGGUUUCCUCAAUCCGCACGAUAUUUUGAGUAUCGGACGCACCACUAUUGAGGGAGUGCCUGUUGAAGGCGAAGAAGCGGUUUGGGCAUAUCUCGUCGAUGAAGUGCAGAAAGUCUAUGGCAAAGGCACUAUCAACGAUAAACAUAUUGAGGCAAUAGUACGGCAGAUGCUGACCAAGAUUCGCAUCACCGAACCCGGUGACACGGACCUCUAUCUGAAUGAAGAGGUGCAUCGCAAACGGUUUGAGCACAUCAACAGCGAAGUUGUGGAGAAAGGCGACACACCUGCUACGGGUGAACCGAUUCUCCAGAGCAUUAGUAAAGCCUCCUUGAGCACGGAUAGCUUCAUCUCUGCCGCCUCCUUCCAGCAAACGACGAAGGUGCUAACAGAUGCCGCUGUCAGUGGACAAACCGAUAAACUCUUCGGUCUGAAGGAGAAUGUCAUCCUCGGUCGCCUCAUCCCUGCGGGGAGUGGGUUCUCCAGUUUCCAGAACUUAGAGAUAUCCGCUGUUGAGCCUGAGAUCAAGGCUUCGGAUGAUGACUAA